AGUGAAUCUCAGUUUAAUAAAAUGAAUCAAACUUUACAGCUUUUUAGUUCAGGAUUGGAUUAAGUAACCCAAACCCGACGGAAAUGUGUGUGUUUUUCAGUAUCAAUUCCCCCCCUCCCCCCUCUAAAGAAGUAGUACAUAUAGCAUAUACAUGUCUUUCACUUCUCCCUUCGCAGUUUCACUUUCGGAAGAGAUGUUUCUGUGUGAUUAACUCAGACGGAUAGAGAGAGAGGACAAGAGUGGAAGAACAAUGCUUCUGCGAUAAAAAGAUAGAACAUAUGUAGCGGAAUUGCUGUUACUGUGAAUCUGGAGCUCAUUCGCUUUUCAGCGCCACCCUAGAGAGUAGAGAGACACCAGAGACCCACAUUAAAAAGUUUGAAAAAUUGCAGAAGAAAAGGGGAACGAAGCAAGAAGGCCUUGCCUUGGCGAAAAAUGGUAACACUCAACUCAUUCAAAGAUCAAACCCUUCAUCUCACCAAGAAAUUGCUUCCAUGGGCUCUCUAUAUUCUGCUUCCCAUUGCUAUCCUUCGCUUAUUCUUUUCCCCUCUUCCUUUUCUGCCUUCUCCAACCACCGACCUCCCUCACUCCACCCUCUUCAUCGCUUCCUCCCACUCUCCUCCUCCUCCACCACCAUCUUCUUCUUCAGAAGCAGCUAGAGCUGAGCAAGCUUCGAUUUUUCCAUGUGACUACUUCAAUGGCAAGUGGGUUCGUGACAGAAGAGGUCCUCUGUAUAAUAGUUCGACUUGUGGUACAAUUAAACAAGGCCAGAACUGCAUCGCCCAUGGAAGACCAGAUCUGGGUUAUCUUUACUGGAGAUGGAAACCCACUCAAUGUAAUCUCCCCAGAUUCGAACCUACAGCUUUUCUGCAACUUCUCAAGAACAAACACGUAGCUUUCGUCGGAGAUUCCAUGGCCAGAAAUCAGCUAGAGUCCCUUCUUUGCCUUCUUGCCACUGCGUCAACCCCUAACCUCGUAUACCGAAACGGUGACGACAACAAAUUUCGCAGGUGGUUCUUCCCAUCUCACAAUGCGAGUCUCUCAGUUUACUGGUCUCCCUUUCUUGUGAAAGGUAUUGAGAAAUCAAGCACAGGACCAAAUCAUAACAAGCUAUAUCUGGAUAUUGUUGAUGAGAGAUGGGCAAGCGAAAUGGAUCAAAUGGACAUGAUUGUGCUGUCUAUUGGGCAUUGGUUCUUGCAUCCUGCCGUUUACUACGAGGCUGAUUCGGUCUUAGGUUGCCAUUACUGUCCUGGUCUGAACCACACAGAGAUAGGGUUCUACGAUGUGUUAAGAAAGGCCUUAAGAACUGCCCUUAAUAGCAUCAUUGAGAAGAAAUCAGCAAAAAGGGAAGAAAUUGAUGUGACAGUGACAACAUUUUCGCCUUCACAUUUUGAAGGUGAGUGGGAUAAAGCAGGCGCUUGUCCAAAGACUCAGCCUUACCGAAAGGGAGAAAAGGAACUAGAGGGAAUGGAUAGUGAUAUGAGAAAGAUUGAGAUAGAAGAAGUGGAAGCUGCAAAAGAAAAAGCUAAGAAGAAUAACCAUAGAGGGUUUAGAUUAGAAGCAUUGGAUGUGACAAAAUUAGCAUUGAUGAGACCAGAUGGGCAUCCAGGUCCUUAUAUGAAUCCUUUUCCGUUUGCAAAUGGAGCUCAAGAACGUGUUCAGAAUGAUUGUGUUCAUUGGUGCUUGCCAGGUCCUAUAGACACAUGGAAUGAAAUUUUUCUGCAAAUGGUGAAGAAAUGGGAGAAUGAGGACAGUAUGAAAUGAGGUAUUCUAUUUCUCGCUUGUUUGCUGAUUUGGCUCUGUGAUUAUUUAUGAAUGCUUUCCUCCAUGUAGGGGAGAGGCAAUUCUUUUUUUCUUGGGAGUGAAUGAUUCAUUAUUGGUUUAUUGAUUCCUCCGUAUGGUGGAAAGGAAAGGAAGAGGAUUUGGAAACGCCUGUAUUUGAUUUUAAAGAGGGAAAUUGGAAAUGGAAAGGUAGGAACCAGUUUCUACCA